AUGAAUUCUUCUUCUUCAGAAUCUGAAUUGCAAUCACGGAGUAGUGUUCCUUCUUCCUGUUAUUCCAUCACCAUUGUCAAAGUGGUGUUUCAGUUGAACCGACCACCAUGUAGAGAUUUAGAAUCAAAGAUGUAUCACAAGUUGCUAGCUGCAAAUCAACUGGGGUUUCAUAAUGAUCAGUAUGAAGAAAGUCCAGAGAUUAAUGAAGAUUCUACAUCUGCAUCUUCUGGUGGACUAGAUGGCCUGCCACGGGAAGAUAUUAGUGGGAAGAUUACACCUACCCUGCUUAAAGGCUUAGAAAGUACUGAUUGGAAGGCUCGCUUGGAGUCAAUUGAUGCUGUGAAUAAAGUUUUGGAAGAGGCUAACAAGCGCGUCCAACCCAAUGGAACUGCUGAAUUGUUUGGUGCUCUAAGGGGUCGUCUAGGUGACAACAACAAAAAUUUAGUCAUGGCAACAUUGACAUGCAUUGGCAAUGUUGCAUGUGCAAUGGGUCCAGCUGUUGAGAAAGCAAGCAAGGUUGAUUUCUAAUUCAUGAUCGCAAAUUUUAUGUAGUGUACUCUUUAGAUAUUAUUGGUUCUUGUUGCCAUUCUGGUCGUUUCCUCUUAUACUUUGUUAUGGAACUAUCAUUAUGUUCACUAUUUUUUUUUUCUAAGUCAAUUUUUUUUUCAUCUUCACAAGUCUAGCCAUCUCUUCUUUAGUAGGGAUCAAGAUUUUGAUUUAUCUAGACACUGGUUUUCGUGUGUUCAAAAUUCCUGAAUUAUCUGUGUUAUCUACCAUGCAUGUUUUCCUUGUGAAUAAUAUCUAGAUAUUUUUCGUGGUGCAGCAAAUAUUAUAUUUACAUCUAAACUAUGAUUAAUUAUUAAUGCUAGAUAUACGACAGUUUCCACACUUGAUGCAUUUUAUAUGUGCAAUACUUGUUUCAAGUCAAAUACCAUGCCUGUUUUUAAUUAUGAAUGUUGGCAUUGUUUCAAAUUUUAUAUGUAAUGCCCUUCCAAUGUCAGAUAUACAUUACAAUCUAUUCAGUAUUUAAUUUUGUGUAAGAGUCAACUGGUGUUGAUUGUUUUGAUUUUCUUUACCUCUCAUUUUCUCCAUUUUUACUUCUGUUCUUAUGGUUGAGAUAUCAGUGAACAUAGGAUACAUUACCAGUUCCACAGGACAAGCUAGGUCCAGCUGUUAUACGCAUAU